AUGUGUUUAAAAACUAGAAAUUUACUUCAAAGAAAGAUUAAAACACUGUUCCUUCUUUUGCUUUGUUUUUAUACGGGAUUUUACACGACUACUUACUUCAGAUUUGUACGAUUUGAGGAGGAAUGCAACAUCAGGAAUCUAUUCGCACAAGGUGGUAAAUUCCACAAAUCAUCCGAUCCUCUGUUGCUAGUAUCUGUUAUGACGACAAGAAAAAACUUGGAUAAACAUGCCGCGGCUAUCUAUAGUACGUGGGGCAAGCGAUUUCCGGGCAAUAUUAUAUUUUUUGUUGGUGGUUCUGAACCUCCCAAUAGUGACCUUCCGGUUAUAAAUCUGCGAUCUGUGAACGACAAUGUUUUCCCGCCACAAGUUAAAGUGUUUGCUAUGAUCAAGUACGUCGCUAAACAUUUUCUAAACGAUUUUGAAUGGUUUAUGAGAGCCGAUGACGACUUGUUCUUGAAGCCUGAAAAAAUUGAACAUUUCCUCAGAACAAUCAAUAGUUCUAAAACACUGUAUAUGGGAAGCCCUGGUUUUGGAAAGAGCUCUGAACUGGGUCAUCUUGGAUUGUUUGAAAACAGUGCUUUCUGUAUGGGCGGACCUGGAGUUAUAUUCAGCAGAAGUGCUCUAGAAAAAUUGAAAGAUAAAAUAACAACAUGUAUCAGUAAUACCAAAACCUUACAUGAAGAUACAGAACUUGGUAGAUGUGUUCAGUAUUAUGUUGGAAUAGGCUGUUCGUCGUCCUAUGAAAUGGUGAAACUAUUUCUUCACAAUUAUGAUGACUCUAAAGGAUCAUUUACUAAAAAACUGGGUAGUUUAGAAGACAGGGCAAUAACUCUUCACCCCGUAAAACAAAGUCCUCAUCAAUACAGAAUUACUAUACAUUAUGACUCCCUGAAAAUCACAGAACUUAGAAAUAAAUUGGCAAGAUUACGACUGGAAAUUACAGACAUGUCGGGUGUUUUAAACGGUAGGGCUACUGGAAUAAAGCACGAAGGAAGGGACAUUACUCUUGAAAAGUUUAGCGAAAUAAAUAGUUUGAUUAAGUCUGACGAAGAUAUUGCUAGUUAUGAUUCUUCUUCUAAAGAAAAUUGGGACACCUUUAUCAAUGAUGUUGGAUAUAGCUCUUUUAGAUAUCAGAAUCCAGUGGGAGAAAUACUACCAUAUCAAAACCAUUCAAAAAGCAGUGCUCGUUCGCUUAUUAAAAACUUGCAAGAAUCUACGAGUGCAUUUGUUGACAUAUUUUACCGGCGAUUAAUUUAUGGAGAAUAUUUGGAACAUGUAUUUUUAGAAAGACUCCAGCACAAAAGUUACAGAGCGUAUAGAACUCUGCAGACUUUUCAUGACAUCGAAUUCAGAGAAGUUGCAAAUGAGUUGUUGCCCUCGCGAGAAGUCUGGAUUGUGUUACCAGUAUUUAAACAAUCGGAAGUCUUUAAUAGUUUUUUAUCCACAGUGUCUGAAGUUGUAGAACAAUUACAAUGGAAAGUUCAUCUAGAAAUUAUACUCUAUCAUGACGAUGAUAAUGAAUAUAAAAAAUCUAAAGAAUAUCUCUACGCUAGGAACGAAUUUCAUUUCCAUUUCCGGAUAAUUUUUGUUUACGACUCCAGCACAAGAAAUAGUGCCUUAUCGUCCGCGUUAGAUGGUGCGUCAGGAACAUCUCUUCUGAUAUUUUUAACUAUUCAUUCUCACUUUGACGAGAAUUUCCUUCUCAGUGUCUCUAAAAAUACAAAAUUAAAACAGCAAGUGUAUUUUCCUAUACGAUUUAGUAGGUUUCAUUCGGAUACAGCCUGCUUUGGGAAGACAAUUUGUGAUAUAGAAGCGGAUCAGUUCGGAGCUGAAAUCGGAUUCUGGCGUGAAUUUGGUGUCGGUAUAUUUUCCAUCUAUAAAAGUGAUCUGGAAUAUUUGCAAUCUUUGAAAAGAGAUAAAUUAGAUUUAUACGAUCUGUGUGUUCAGAGCAAUUUAACAGUGUUCAGAUCUGUAGACCCUUCCCUGAUAGAAAGUCAUCAUCACCAGUUGUGUGAUUUAAAUACCGGUCAAGAGCAGUACCAGUCAUGUAUGACAGUCAAACACGAACUGUUCGGCCACGAAUUGUCCUUGAUUAAAUUAAUUCAUAAACUAAAAAUAAAGUAUUAA